AUGGACCCAAACAAUGGAAAUUCGGACAAUGAUUUAAGGGAAACCUUGAAUAAUGUUUUAGAGAUUCAAGAGAAUGACAGUUUGUUCUCUAAUGUUGGUGGUGGAGAAGGUGAAGAUUCAGACGGGAGUUUUAUUGGUGGUCCAGACGCAUAUUUGGACAGUGAGGAUGAAGAGCUCAACUUGAUGUGUCUAGAGGAAGAGGCAAAUAUGCCUGAUCAAUUGGAGGAAGACGACGAGGAUCCUAUGCCGGAUCAACAUAAAUAUGAGGCUCAUGUGACAGAUGAAGAUGAAGAUGAAGAUAGAGAAGGAAUGGAUGAGGAUACAUUUACUCAUCAACAACUUGUACAAGGUACUACUGAAGGAAUGAUAUUCAAUACUAAAGAUUCAAUGUUUGCAUUUUACAGAGAGCACGCCAGAUUGAAAGGGUUUGGUGUGUUGAAAAAAUCAGCGGUAAAAAAAUGUAGUGAUACAAUUAAUUAUAUUGUGUUUGCUUGUGAUAAGAGAGGUAAAGUAAAAAGAUAUAAACAGAGCAAAAAGAUUAAAUGUAAAGCUCAAAUUAAUGAUAUUUUGCUGCAUGAUGGAUCAUGGCGUGUUAAUAAGCUCGUUGGAGAUCAUAAUCAUCCAUUGGAUCCCAAACUAUCACGCUUUAUGCCCUCGCAUAGGGAUGUGAGCAAUAGUUUGAAGAGGCAUCUAGUAGCUCACGACAUUGUAGGCAUAAGACCUUCAAAGAGCAUAAGACUCUUGGAAGUUCAAGCUGGUGGUCCUGAAAAUUUGAGAUGUACCCCCAAGGACUGCAGAAAUUACAUUCUACAUCAGAGGAGGUUGAGAACCUUGUCCACUGAUGCAGAAGCAAUAAACAGGUUUUUUCUUGAGAUGCAGAUUCAGGAUAGGGAGUUUUUCUAUGCAGUACACAAUGAUAAUUCUGGCAGGCUCCGUAACUGUGUAUGGUUUCAUACACAUUACCGCCAGUCCAUACUUCUGGGUUGUGCUUUGAUUACUAGUGAGGAUGCUAAAACUUACAAAUAUGUGUUCUCUACUUGUCUUAGAGCCAUGAAUGGUUUACCUCCAACGGCUAUCUUGACCGACCAAUGCGAGAGCAUUAAGGUAGCUAUUAGAGAAGUGAUGCCAGAUGCAAUCCACAGUGGUUAUAGCACCCUGAAGCAGUUUGUUGAGAAAUACGAGAUGGCCUUGAGAGCCAAGUAUGAUAAAGAGCUAGAAGAACAAAGGAUUUUGCAUUGUGCAUUGAGCAUUCAUGAAAAUGCUGAAUUAGUGGAGGGGGUGGAGAAGUACAUCAUUACAGAUUUUUCAAUUAGGAAUGAUUUCCAUGGGAAUCAAUUUGUGUUUUUGGUGGAAUAUAGACUAGGAGGCCCAUAUUUGGAAUGCAAUGGCAAAAACUUUGAAUCUACUGGCAUAGUGUGA